AUGAUCUAUGUGAGCACAGACUUGCCACGCUGCCAAAUCGACACCACGCAAUUUUGCACCGACGACCAAGAAGUUGUCGCUAUCAAGAUUUCCUGGCAACAGAAGUAUAUAACGAUGGCUUCUGUCUACUAUAGACCGCUGCCCUCAAAGAAGCAACGCCAACUAGAGAACGGUUGGAUCGCUCACCUGCACGAUAUGUACCCUAGAAACCAUAAAGUGUACGGAGGAGAUUUCAACCUACAUCAUCCAAUGUGGGGGUACCACAAUAAAAGCAGUGGAGUAGAAGAUCUGAUUGAGGAGAUGACGACAUAUCAGCUACACCUGGCCAACCCGAAAGGAGCGAAGACGAGAAUUGGCACAACAGGACAGAAGGACACAACACCGGACCUCACGUGGGUGGACAACCCAUACCCACAACACCAGAAAUGGAAAUGCCUCGAAGACAGCUGGGGAAGCGACCAUCUCCCAAUCGUUUUCGAAUUUUCGGUCAAGAGGAAGCCUGAACAACAGAAAAAGAAAAGACAGACAAGAACGAUACAUUGGGACAAGUACCGAGAAAAGCUGGAAGAGUCUGACCCGGAGGAUGCCCCCUUCGAGGCCCGGCUAAGGAAGGCGAUCGAGGCGGCGACCAUCUGUAGCAUUGUGGACAAGGACGCCCCCACCCCAGACUUGCACCUCCUAAAACUCUGGGCAACACGACUGCAGGCCGUAAAAAAGUACAGGAAAGGGACAAGAACACCGGAAAAUAGAAGGAACAUCACCCGAGCGACGGUAGAAGCAAAGGUGUACGCAGAAAAGUUGGGAAUGAGGAGUUGGCUCGACCACUGUACUUCACUCUCAGAAAAGACAUCAAUAGAACGUUUGUGGGCUACGAGCCGAGCGAUGCUGGGCAAAAAGAAGACGACCAGAGUGACACAGUCCUUAGCACUAAAGAUGGACAAGCCCUAG